AUGGGGACUUAUACGUUUCGAUGGCCGUAUAAUGCAAACGAAGUGUAUGUGACGGGGACAUUCGAUGACUGGGGCAAGACUGUCCGACUGGACCGCAAUGGGGAGGUGUUCGAGAAGGAAGUUGAGCUCCCAGCCACAGAGGAGAAGAUCCAGUAUAAGUUCGUCGUCGACGGUAUCUGGACCACUGAUAAUCGAGUCCCCGAAGAAGACGACGGCGACAAUAACAUCAACAACGUGCUCUACCCCGAUCAAAUCCAACAACCACCACUACAGAACGGCAUGGCCGGUGUAACCCCCGAUUCAACCACCGCUGCUCUGGCGGCUGGAGUGCCUAAGGAGUCCAGCAGCAAGACAAAUGGCUAUCACCCCACCAUCUCGUCAGCAGCACCAGGCUCGACGACCGCCAAACUCGGCCAGGAAGUCCCAUUGGAACAACGGGCUACUGUGCCAGGAUCCUUUCCAAUCACUCCCGGAAGCGAGGCUGAACAGUUCUCCGUGAAUCCCAUCCCUGCAUCCAGUGGCAUUGGCAACCCGAUCAAGUUGGCUCCAGGUGAGAAGGUGCCUGACCCUAGCACUUUCAACCCCAACACCGUUCAGUCCACCGCACGUCUCGACAAGGGUGCGUAUGAGCAAGGCGCCAGUCUUUCUCGGACUGAAGAUUCGUUGCAAGAUGGCAGUGCUUUCUCCCUUCCACCUGUAACGAAGAACACCAUUCCUGAGUCAAGCUUGCCUAUGGGCAGUGAUGGCGCUCACGAUGUCAGAGACCCCGGCUAUACGAUUCAGUCGGCUGCGCCCACGUCGACAACGGCGGCACUUGCUGCUGCAGUGCCUCUGGAGUCUCAGAAGCAGAAGCAGGCGACCGGUGGUUCCCCCUCCGAGGAGCUUCCAGGCGUGGUCAAGGAGUCCCUUGAGAAGGCCCAUCAACAUCCCGAAUGGGCUGCCAACGAGGAGGUUGUCGAGGAGAAGAAGGAAGUGGAAGAAGAGCUUCAGCAGAAAAUCAGCGUGAACAAUUCUGUUGGCGCCCCAGCGCCUGCUCUGAGUGCCGCUACUGCGGAAACUGCUCCCCGUGCUACUGGUGCUGAGCCUACAAACCAGCACUCUAAGGCGAAGGGACCGGUCGAUGGACCAGUGGUGACCACAGGUGUCGAUUCUGCGAAGGCUCCAAAGGAAUCUGGACCUGGCCCUAUCCACGGUGCUUCUUCCUCUGUUCCUGCUGCCGGUGCUGUAGCCACCUCCAAUCAACUGUCUCCUAAGAUCUAUGACCCAAGUGAGCCAAUUGUUACCACAGGCGUCGAUUCUGCGAAGACCCCGAAGCAGUCCGGCCCCGGCUCAGCCGAGGACUCUUCUGCCGCUGCCCCUACUGCAGGUGUGACUGGCUCCAGUGCCACCAAGACAGCAGACUCAGCCGUCGACGUCGGAUCAACCUCUGCCGCUGGCGAUGUUUCGGCUUCCGGCCCUACUGCUGGCGUCACGGGCUCCAGCGCGACUAAAACUGCCGAUGACUUGGAGACCAACAAACCCUCAGAGCCCAAGCAGCUCGCCGAACCCAGUAAGUCCAACAAGGCCGACGUGACGUCUACUCCAAGUGCUGGUGCUACCGGCGCUAGCGCUACCAAGACGUCCGAUACAACUCCGGCUACCGCCAACACCAACAAGGACGCAUCUACGCCCGCUCAAAAGACCGAUGCUCCUACCAGCACCAACAAUACCACUACUCCCGCCAACAAGACCACCAACAACGCUGCAGCUGGCGCAGUUGCCAAUUCCAACAAGGAAGAGCCGAAGAAAAAGAAGAAGGGAUUCUUCUCCCGCCUCAAGGAGAAGUUGAAGCAUUGA